GUGCCACGUACGGCUCUGCGCGCUGCGGCGGCGGGCGGAGCGCUCUCGGCUGCGGCCUUCGGGCGCGGGGCGGAGGGGCGUCGCCAUGGGGGUGCACGGCGUCAAGGCGGUCUUCUUCGACCUGGACAACACGCUGGUGGACACGGCGGCGGCCGGGCGCCGCGCCAUCGAGGAGGUGGUGAACGCCCUCCGCUCCAAGCACCACUGCGGGGAGGGAGAGGCCCGCGGGAUCUGCGACAAGGUGCAGGCGAAGCUCCUCAAGGAGUGCCACGACCCCGCCAAGACGUGCAUCACCGACCUGCGGAUCUCGCACUGGGAGGAGGCGAUCCAGGAGACCAUCGGCGGCGAGGCCAACCGCAGCCUGGCCGCGGAGUGCUACUUCUUGUGGAAGGCCACCCGGCUGCGGCACCUGACGCUGGCCGAGGACACGCGGGGCAUGCUGACCGAGCUGCGCAAGGCCGUCCGCCUGCUGCUCCUCACCAACGGCGACCGGCAGACGCAGCGCGAGAAGAUCGAGGCGUGCGCCUGCCAGCCCUACUUCGACGCCAUCGUGGUGGGAGGCGAGCAGAAGGAGGAGAAGCCCGCGCCGUCCAUCUUCCACUACUGCUGCGACCUCCUGGGCGUGCAGCCGGCGGAGUGCGUCAUGGUGGGGGACUCUCUCGACACCGACAUCCAGGGAGGCCUGAACGCCGGCCUCAGGGCGACCGUCUGGUUAAACAAGUCGAUGGCGGCCCCGGCCGAUGCUUCCCCGGUGCCUCACUACGUCAUUUCCUCCGUUCUGGAUCUGCCGGCCGUGCUGCAGAAGAUAGAGCACAAGGUGAACGCGAAGUUAGGAACUGACCGUGCGGUGGGCGGGACCGAGGCUCGCUGAGGGCUGCGGCGCGGCGGGGGGCUGUUGGUAAAGAUGUGACCCUAGGAGUUUCAGCUCGCGUAUGUUAGGUUUUCUUAAGCAGCGGGUGGGCAAGGAGGAGCGCGGUUGUGAAUGUAACGGGGUAAAAACAGAGUGCUGGAUUAGUAUAAGAGACGCAAGUGCAGUUAGCUUAAAAUAACUGCCUGCAUCUGGAAAUUACUUGGACAGACUGGCUAAACUGUGUUUGUCUCUGAUGGAAGUCCCUUGUUUCCGUACUGGAAAAGAAAAUCACAAUGUUUUGAUCCUUCAGUGGCGGUUAUCUGCUUUGCUGACCUGUAAGUUCAGCAGAAGCUUCAGUUCAAAGCUUGCUUUCAGCACAUAAAAAACAUGAGGGUGAGAAAGUGUUGUGCAGUUUGCAGACCUUCACAGUCCAUCUACAGCUUAUCUCAGAAACUGAAGUGAAUUUCGCUAUUCCUAAAACCGAAAUUUAUUGAUAGAACUUAUUUAUGUAGCAAACCACUAGGAAGUGAUUUUCCUCUGAUCCCUUCUCAAGCUUUAGCAUUUCCUUCAGUCUUUGCAGCGACUUUUAUGGGAUCUGUACCUGUUGCCAGAAGUACUUCAAUGUACAUACAAAUUCGCAUUUGUACAGGGGACCAUUUAUCAGAGCAACUCGAUGGAUAAGUUUUUACUUUAUAUCGCCUUGGUGCUGCAAAUGAGCAGUGCGCUUGUAAGUCAGAUGAUGGAACAUAAUUGAUAGAACAGGGAUAUUCUCAGCGAUCAUCUUUCUGUACCGUAACUUCUUUGGCAGUUCGCAUUACUGGUCUGUCUGACUUUUAUUAGAGAAUUUUGAUCAGACUCAUUGGAGAAACAGUUUUUGGACUUGCUCAGGUAUGGUAUACGACCACUCAGAUUCAGCUGCAGGGUCAGUGCUUUUUAUGACUGUUGGAAUGGCACUGCUGUACAAUCCCUCCUUACUCCCAUUUCCACGUGUAUCUCAUGUGAUUUACUCUGGAGAAGAUGUUAGUUGUUUGUAAGUGGCUUUCGUAACACUCUUCCAUGAAAAUGGUGUCAUAUAUAAUUACAGCGCCAUGUAUGGUUUCUUAAUGUGCUACGUGCAUUUGAUGGAACAUUUGAAACUAGGUGUUACAGAGAUGGCCCUCUGAAACACCAAGAUUUCUCUUUCCCAGAUUAUUAUCUUAAUUUAAAUUUGUUGUACUUCCUAUACGUGGUACAAAAAAGAGAAUUUGGGGUGAGCGUACACAAGAAAUGUAUGGAAGAAAUGUACCUUUGUUUACAUGAAUUUAAAUUGAUACAAUCAAGAAAGUUUCACGUAGUGUCGUGGAUUCUGUUUAGAGGAGGGUGUUAAUCUGCAUUAAAUUACUUGGCAGUGAGUAUAAUUUCCAUGAAACUUAGUUUCUCCUACAUUGAAAUAGAUUGGCAUGCUCAUUCAAACUGGAACCUCUUUCAUCAAAUUAACUCUUAAAAAUGAUAGAACCAUCCACAUUGUUAGUGUCAUCCAGCCAAGACCUGUGAGAUGCUAGGAUGACUGAGUACAGAGGCAGGCUCCACCUUGUACCUAUGAGGAAACAGGCGUAAGCCACAAGUGAUACAGUUAAUUGCCACAUGUAAUAUGAGCCAGCGGGACUGACUGGACAUACCUUUGUUACUGGAGUAAGAAGCCUAAGUUAAGAUCUUACUUUGCCUUUGGGAGAGUAUGAAAACAGCUUAUGAGCAAAACAUUGCUAAAAACAUUCCUUAUAAUGGAAGACUGAGAGAAAAAUAAUGAAGGUCAUUAAGCCUGCCAGGAAUAGUAUUUAGAAGUAGAAAUGUAUCCAAAAGGUUAGAUGGAUCUCUGAAAAGAUAACUUAGAUGAAGUAAUCUGUUUUAACCAUACUGAAGGAAAACAACUUUGUUUACAACAGUAUCCCAGAGUAGAAGCAGUUUAACUGCACUGCUUGCAUGGCAUCAGGCUGACAGAACUUGUGUCAGAAUGAGGUUCCUGACCCAGCUGUGAUGUAAAAUAACAAACAGUAGUAAUUCACAGUUCUGUCUGUGGGAUUGAAGGAUAUCUAUUUACCAGGUGCCAUUUUUUAAUGUAAGUUGAGGCUUGUAUUCUCUUGCUGUUGCAUCAUUCUGAAGUAGGAUGCUGAGCCUGCUUGUUGUUUAAAAGGUCUCUUGUUUUAUAAGAGUCUAUUCUUUGUUUUGCACUUGGUUUUAGCCAGUUAUUUUCUUAUAUUUAUGAUCUAUGAAAAAAAUGCUGUAACUGGACACUCAGGGGAUAGUGUGGUCUGUAGAGGCCACGCUUAAAUAUACUUCUUUUCCAUUGUGAGUACUGUACCGGGCUGGAUGUGACUACCAGCUUCCAGUUAGGGCAAUGCUACUGUGAUGCUGCUAUAAACAAGAAGAUACAAGAUAUUUUUCCAUCGAGCGUCUUCUUAGAAGCAGUUACCCAAAAAACUGGAUUAGGUAUCUGGAAUAUCUGAAUACUCAAGAUGGUUUUCCUUGAUGGAGCUGUUACAGAAAACCAAGUGAAAAAUAGCUUUAUUAAUGGAAAUGGAAAAAUAAACGUAAUGGUGGAAUCAUUUUCAAAUCAAAAGUAAAAAUAGAUGAAUAAAAUUGUCUGUAUUCAGUUCCAGUUAAGUCCUGGUUUUGCUUAGUGAUAUGCUCCAUUAGGUAAGUUGUCUAGUUCAAAUUAUACUACCAAAACACUAAAUAAAGAGAAAAACUCUAUUUAUUUUUAAUCACAUUUUCUCAGAUAAAUAUCUCCUGAGGUUAAUCUUCAGUAACACUGACUUCAGACUAAAUGAACAAUUAAAUGUAACAACAGUAUAAUGCCAACUGUAUUUAAGACAACCCAUGUACUAGCCUAAUAAAAGUAUUUUGUUUAUAGAA